AUGAGCUCUGAUCGAAUGACCCGCAGCGCUUCGGCGGCGCUGCUUACGCCACCUUCAGAGCAAGACGAGCCGAACAUCGUCGUUGGCACUCCUAGUGUCCGGCCUACGACCGUUGUUACUACUGCUAGGCCCCGCGCCGCUACUACUACUCCGCGCAAGGGCAAGAAGGCCGCAGUCUCCAAGAUGAUUGUCGAGCGUAAGAUCAAAGUUGUCACCGAACAGCACAACAUUAACAAGCCUGCCGUCAAUGAAGGCUUCCCCAUGAAGGAGUGGACCGUCGAGGUCUAUAUUCUCGACCAGGAUGGCAAAGAGAAGCCCGCCCGUUGCUUCACCAAGGCGGUGUAUCACUUGCACCCUUCGUUUGCCAACCCCGUCCAGACCUUCAUGGAACCCCCUUUCAAGUGCACCAACGAGGGCUGGGGAGAAUUCGAAAUGAGCAUUGAUCUGUUCACCACCGAGAAGGGUGGGAAGCAGACGGUCAUCCACGACCUUAACUUUGCUGCGGCUCAGUACGACAACGUGCACGUUGUGACCUUCCGGAACCCUUCGCAGGCCCUCCAGCAGAUCCUCCGUGAGACGGGCCCGCUGCCUUCGGACGAGGAACGCAAAAUCAAGAAGGCCGACGGCGGCAAGAAGAAGAAGACGUUCGACGUUGAGAAGAUGGCGGACGGUCUGAUCAAGUUGGGCGAGGAUGAUCUCCUUCAGGUGAUCCAGCUGAUCCACGAUCACAAGGAUGACAGCACCUACGUCCAGAACAACAUUGACGCUGGCGAAUUCUCGGUCGACCUAUAUACCCUCCCGGAUCCCCUUCUCAAGAUGCUCUGGGACUUGCUGGUUAAGCAGGGCGUUGUCGUUGUUUAA